AUGAGUCUUAGUGUCUUUGCGUCAGAGCGGCGCGGUCUGUAUCGCACGCCAUUUUAUGCGGCGUCUUUGAUUCCUCGGCAACCCCUGUCUCCAUUCAUCUGCUUGUCCUUGACACCUGAACGUGACUGCGUGGCUGCUGGAGCGCCUUGCGUGGGAUUGGGAAAUUCCCGUCUAGUGCACCGUCGCGGUAAGCAGCGAGCAGCCGGGCUUUCGCAAGGAGGCGGCGCGGCGCUGGCGUCUGUUUUGGCGGCGGGCGAUGGAGACCAGCCGGCGCCGUGUGCUGUCGUCUCC